UGGUGAAGUGGAGACUGCGUUGUUUAACGUGAAGAUGACAAGUGAUGUGGCAGUUAGCCAAAUUUUGCCAGGAUGUAACCUUUUUCUAACUGGACUUUUUUCUAACUGGACUUUAUUUCUUACGACAACAUGGACACUGGAACAUCGUUGAUGGCUGCAUAGUGGACUCGUUGCAAAAUUACAUUGUUGUUUUUGGGAAACAAAAUCAGCCAUUGUACAUUUGAGAUACAAAAUGUUUUUAAAUAAAAUGUAUGACCUCGUAUUUUUUCCUGGCUUUGUGUCAUUAGGUAAUUAGCCAAUCAAAGAGAAUAUUUUACGUAAUAUUCUCGGUAGUUGGUUUUAAUAUUUCACUUAUUCUAUAAAACAAAUUAACUUGAUUUGCAUUGACAUUCUGUCAUAAAUCAAAUAUUUACUCGAUCUAUCAGCUAGCAUAAGAGCUUUCUACUGGGUUGAUUUAACCUUCUAAAGUAAUAAUUUUUUAGGUGUGGCCCUCAAAGAUAAUUGUCAUCUCCAUUGACACAAGAUAAAGGCAAAAUGGUUCAUGUGAAUGCACCCUUGUGCUUUAUAAGUCCCAAGGGAAAUGCAUUACUUAAUCAAUGAAAAUUAGUUUAAGACAACACAAGUUGGUGUAUAAGUAGUUAAAAGGAUUUUUGUCUGAAAAGAAAUGGUUUCCAAAGGCCAUAAAAUGGCUUCUGGUUGUCCUUCUUCCUGUCUGAGCAGGAAGUGAUGCAAUUGGUGCAGAAAAAUUUAUAUACACUAUUAAGAGCCUCUCUGUAUUCUCUUCUUUUAUGAAGUGUCAAAAGAGCUUGCACUGUUUGUCGUGUGUCCUGGGCCUGAUAAUAUAUGUAAGUUCAUAAAAAACAAAAUUUAAACAUAAAUAAAAGGGGUGGGACUUAAGCAUCACCUGAGUGUGGGGUAAAUGGAAAUAACGUCAAUCAAAGGCAAAGCUUUCAGAGCUAGGAAGGAGCUCUAGAUGGCGGCUGAGUCUUGGGAAGGGUGCUAUGUUUUCGUGAGACCGUUUGUCCAUCUUGUUUUUCGGCCGAGCCCGCUUGAUUCUGGUGAAAAUUCAAGGGUCGUAGUCGUACAGUCCGUGUUUUAAAGAAAAUUUAGGCGUUUUGUGCGGUUUUUGGGCUGAUUUUUCGAGCCGUAGGAGCCGUCUGUGCUGGGGGAGUGCUUGUCGUUGUUUUCCAUACUGGGCUCUGGCAGCAGCCAUGGCGCGCCUCCAUUUUUAGUGUGCUGCUCGCCUCUGUCUCUCAGACUGACAGUAGAUGAGGACUGUAAAGGCCUUCGAGCGUUUUCAAACAACUUUAUUUUUUGUAGUUUAUUGUUAAGUUGUUAUUUUUACAGUCUCUCGUUUUUAAUUCGAGUCGGAUAAAUAUUUGAACCCCGUGAUAUAGUGAACGUGAAUCUAAUACUUCAUUUAUAGUCUUCCAGCUUCCUUCACGUCCAAUUGGUAUGUUUACAUUAUGUAGUGCAUAAUUUUUUGAUUUUCUCAUUCUUAAAUCUUACUUUUCUAAUCCUUCAUCUGAUGACGCAGUUAAAAUUAAUUGCAUGCGGCUUGAUCCGUGGACUAUAUUUAAAGACACAGGAUGGAUAGUUAACUGAUUGUGAUAACAUCUGUCAUUUUUCUUACCUAUAUUUAAGUAAGCGAUGUAAAUAAAGAUACUCAAAUCUUUCGAAUUGAUGCCUUUUUCUUUACUCGUGUCGCACCGCCUGGUUUUAACUGCCACCUGAGCAAAGGCAAUCUAGUGGGACUUGGAUGAUAGUUCAUGCUUCCUCUAACUUUUUUACAGUAAAUACAGGACAAAAGAUCAUCCUAUCAGAGAUUUUCAGGAUACUACAAUGAUGAAGAAUAAAAGUAAAAAACAAGAGGAUGAAGGCUCGACCCAAAGCAAUGCAUCAAGCAAUUCAGCUUCAGAAGAAUCCAGCCACUCUGCGUCUGAGUCUGGAAGUCAGUCAGAGAGCGAGCAUGGCAGUGAGAGGAGAAGAUCCCACAACUCUGAGUCAAACAGUUCGUCAGAGUCAGAGAGUCACUCGGAAUCAGAGUGUGAGUCUGCAGAGUCCAAAUCACAGCAGACCACAUCUGAAGUCAAAGACAAGCCAGUAAGAAAGAAGGAGCGCCUGGCAGAUGUGAAGAAGAUGUGGGAAGAACAUCCAGAUGUUUAUGGGGUCAGGAGGUCAAAUCGCAGUAGACAGGAGCCGGCUCGUUUAAACAUUGGAGCUGGGGGUAGCAGUGACUCUGAAAGUGAAAGCCCCAAGAGGAAAUCACGGACUAAGAAAAAGGAAAAUAUCUGGAAAGAUGACUCAAAUGAUGAUGAAGAGGAGGAGGAGGUGGAGGAGGAGGCUUCCGACAGUACAGACAGUGAGCAGGAUGAGAUAAAAGUUAGAUCCAGACGACUUCCUGCUAGAAGACCUCAGACCAAAUCAUCAAAUGUCAAAAAGCAGCUGUCUCAAAAAGGAAGUAAGUCCAGGAAACAGGAGUCAUCAGUUGACGAAGAUGAGGAGGAGGAGGAUGACGACGACGAUGAUGAUGACGAUGACGAGGAAGGUACUCCUAAGAGGCAGACUCGAAGAAGGGGUGCAACAAAAGUCAAAAGUUAUAAAGAGGACCAACAUGACUUUGAAACAGACUCUGACGACCUGAUUGAAAUGACAGGGGAUGCAGGCGAGGAGCAGCAGGAUGAUGACAGUGAAACCAUUGAGAAGGUUAUGGACACCAGAAUAGGCAAAAAAGGAGCCACUGGGGCUUCAACUACUGUAUAUGCUAUAGAGGAAAAUGGAGACCCAUGUGACGGCUUUGACCCUGAGAAAGAUGAGGGGGAGACUCAGUAUCUGAUCAAGUGGAAGGGCUGGUCCUACAUCCACAACACAUGGGAGAGCAUGGACUCUCUGACGCAGCAAAAGGUCAAGGGGCUAAAGAAACUGGACAACUACAAAAAGAAAACUGAAGAGCUCAACUCAUGGUUGAGGAACGCAUCCCCUGAGGAUGUAGAAUUUCAUAACUGCCAACAGGAGCUCACGGCUGACUUGAACAAGCAGUUUCAAAUUGUUGAGCGUGUCAUCGCAACAAAAACAGGAAAGACACCAGGAUCCUCUGACUUUCCUUCUCAUAGUCACAAGACACCAUCCUCCAAUGAGCCAGAGUAUCUAUGCAAAUGGAUGGGGUUACCUUAUUCAGAGUGCAGCUGGGAAGAUGGAGCUCUGGUUAGGAAGAAGUUUCAACACUGCAUAGACAGCUUCAUGAACCGAAACUCCAGCAAAACCAUCCCCUCUAAAGACUGCAAGGUGUUAAAGCAAAGGCCACGGUUUGUUGCUCUGAAGAAACAACCUUCGUAUAUAGGAGAUGAGAACCUAGAGCUGAGAGAUUAUCAGCUAGAUGGGCUGAACUGGUUGGCUCACUCCUGGUGCAGGUGCAACAGUGUUAUCCUCGCAGAUGAGAUGGGGCUGGGAAAGACCAUCCAGACCAUCUCCUUCCUGUCCUACCUGUUCCACCAGCAUCAGUUGUACGGGCCCUGCUUACUGGUGGUUCCUCUUUCCACGCUCACCUCCUGGCAGAGGGAGUUUGCCAACUGGUCUCCAGACAUUAAUGUGGUGGUGUACCUCGGUGAUGUCAUGAGCAGGAAAACGAUCCGUGACUACGAAUGGGUGAACCAUCAAACGAAAAGAAUUCGUUUCAACGCACUAUUAACUACUUAUGAGAUUCUGCUUAAAGACAAGACGGUGCUUGGGAACAUUAACUGGGCUUUCCUAGGUGUGGAUGAAGCUCACAGGCUGAAGAAUGAUGACUCCCUGCUGUACAAAACAUUAAUGGAGUUCAGGUCCAACCACAGACUCCUCAUUACUGGCACUCCACUGCAGAACUCCCUCAAAGAGCUUUGGUCACUGUUGCACUUCCUCAUGCCUGACAAGUUUGAUUCUUGGGAGGAUUUUGAGGAUGAACAUGGGAAAGGAAGGGAAAAUGGUUAUCAGAGUCUUCACAAAGUACUUGAGCCUUUCCUCCUCCGACGUGUCAAGAAAGAUGUGGAAAAGUCUCUGCCUGCUAAGGUGGAACAGAUCCUCCGUGUAGACAUGACAGCACAACAGAAACAGUUUUAUAAGUGGAUUUUAACGAGGAAUUACAAAGCUCUUAAUAAAGGCACUCGAGGCAGCUCCUCUGGCUUCCUGAAUAUUGUUAUGGAGCUGAAAAAGUGCUGCAACCACAGUUUCCUCAUUAAGCAGCCUGAGGAGGGAGAUGCUGAAACACAGCAGGAACACCUGCAGAAUCUAGUGAGGGGCAGCGGGAAGCUGGUGUUGCUGGACAAGCUGCUGACCAGACUCAGAGAGAGAGGCAGCCGAGUUCUUAUCUUCUCCCAGAUGGUCAGGAUGUUGGAUAUUCUGGCUGAAUACCUUACCAUGAAGCGCUAUCCAUUCCAGCGAUUGGACGGUUCCAUAAAAGGAGAAAUCCGAAAGCAAGCACUUGACCACUUUAAUGCAGAAGGCUCCGAGGACUUCUGCUUCCUGUUGUCCACCAGAGCUGGAGGUUUAGGGAUUAACUUGGCAUCAGCAGACACUGUAGUCAUCUUUGACUCUGACUGGAAUCCUCAAAAUGACCUGCAGGCACAAGCCAGGGCUCACAGGAUUGGCCAGAAGAAACAGGUGAAUAUAUACCGACUCGUGACCAAAGGAACAGUGGAGGAGGACAUUAUUGAGAGGGCAAAGAAGAAGAUGGUUUUGGACCAUCUUGUCAUUCAGAGGAUGGACACCACUGGACGAACUGUGCUGGACAGCAAUUCAGGAAACACAAAUUCAAACCCAUUCAAUAAAGAAGAACUGAGUGCUAUUCUCAAGUUUGGUGCAGAAGAUCUUUUCAAAGAGGCAGAAGGAGAGGAGUCUGAACCACAGGAGAUGGAUAUUGAAGAGAUCCUGAGGUUAGCUGAAACACGUGAAAGUGACCAGGGCUCAAGUGCUACAGAUGAACUUCUAUCUCAGUUCAAGGUGGCCAAUUUCUCCAGCAUGGAUGAGAGCACUCCAGAGUUCGAGGAGAAGCCCAUGCGGGAAUGGGAUGAUAUCAUUCCUGAGGAGCAGCGACGCAAAAUUGAGGAAGAGGAGAAGCAGCGGGAGAUGGAAGACAUCUUCAUGCUGCCCAGAAGCAGAAGCUCUAACAAGAGGGCUCAAGCCAAUGACAGUGACAGCGACGUGGGCUCCAAGCUGAAGCACCGAUCCUCAGGCUCUGAAAGCGAGACGGACGAUAGCGACGAUGACAAGAAGCCAAAGAAGAGAGGCAGACCUAGAGCCCGCAAAAACAAUGUGGAGGGUUUCACUGAUGCAGAGAUCCGCAGGUUCAUUAAGGCAUACAAGAAAUUUGGAUCUCCACUUGAAAGGUUAGAGGCAAUUGCCCGAGACUCUGAGCUAGUGGACAAAUCAAUAGCAGAUCUGAAGAGACUCGGUGAACUGAUCCAUUCUAGCUGUGUGGCUGCAGUGCAGGAGCACGAGGAACAUGUUAAAGAGAACCCAGUUGAAGCCAAAGGUCCUGGGAAGCGGCGAGGAAUUAAUAUUAAGAUCUCAGGAGUGCAGGUCAAUGCCAAGUCCAUCAUCCAGCACGAGGAAGAGUUUGAGCCGCUGCACAAAGCAGUGCCCUCAAACCCUGCUGAGAGGAAUAAGUUCAAGCUGACAUACAGAGUGAAGGUAGCCCACUUUGAUGUGGAUUGGGAUUUGCAGGAUGACAUUCAGCUCUUGCUUGGUACCUAUGAGCACGGCUUUGGCAACUGGGAUCUGAUCAAGACAGACCCCGACCUUAAACUGGCUGAUAAGAUUCUUCCAGAUGAUCCAAGUAAAAAGCCUCAGGCCAAGCAGUUACAGGCGAGAGCAGAAUAUCUUCUCAAGCUGCUGAAAAAAGAACAAGACAACACCGACCUGUCUAAAACAGGAGAAGAGGUCAAAGUGAAGAAGAGGAAGCCUCGGGUGAAAAAGGAGAACAAGAUUCUCAAGGAUGAGCAGGGCAAUGACAUCUCCUCCCCCCACCUGUCUGACAACCUGUCAGAGGAGGGUGAGGUCAAGGAUGAUGGAACAGAGAAGUCCCCCACCAAGAAGAGGCAAAAGAAAAAGGAUAACAAAGAGAACAAAGAAAAACAGGGAACUCCUAAAAAGGAGAAGGACAGGGACAAAGAAAAGAAGGGUACAAAGCCCAGAAAAGAAAAGGCAAACAAAGGAUCCAGAGGUAAGAAGACUCAGGGUCCAGUUCAUAUUACAGCAGGCUCUGAGCCCGUUCCCAUAGAAGGAAAGGAGGAUGAUGAACUCGACCAGGAGACUUUCAGUGUUUGUAAGGAGCGCAUGAGGCCGGUGAAAAAGGCCCUGAAGCAGCUGGAUAAACCAGAUGAGGGUCUGUCUGACCAGGAGCAACUCCAGCAUACACGCACAUGCCUGCUGAAGAUUGGAGACCGUAUCACAGAGUGCCUUAAAGCCUACAGUGACCCUGAGCAUGUCAAAACAUGGCGAAGAAACCUCUGGAUUUUUGUAUCUAAGUUUACAGAGUUUGGUGCAAGGAAGCUUCACAAGCUUUACAAAAUGGCACAGAAGAAGCGAUCGCAUGAGGAAGAGAAAGAGCAGAAGAAGAAGGAUGAUCAUGCAGGGAGGGUAAAGCCGUUCAGACCAGAACCCUCUGGUUCCAGUAGAGACUCCACGGGUACGCAGCCAUCCUCCAAAUCAACGUCUCACCUGGCUCAGCCAGGGCCCCACAGACACCACAGAGAACCAUACAAUGCGGUUAACAAGCGGCACUUUGGCAGUGAUGAUCGAGGAGACUGGCAGAGGGACCGUAAAUAUGGUUACCCCGGUAACAGCAACCAGUCAUGGCAGGGAGACCGACAUCAUCCAUAUGACCCGCAUCGCUACAAGGAUCACUAUAGUGAUCGACGUCCACACGGAGACUCUUAUCGCAGCUCAGGCAGUUAUCGCAACAACAUCUCCCCCCGAAAAAGGCCAUAUGAGCAGUACAGCAAUGACCGGGACCACAGGGGACACAGACCCUAUUAUGACAGGCAUCUGGACCCCAAAAGAAGACGUUCUGAUGAGUUCCGUCCAAACUACCACCAAGGACUAGAGGGUCCCCUUCAGGACUUCAGGAGGAUGCCAGAUCACCGGCCGGUAGGUCCUCCUGGGCUAGAGCACUACAGCAGGCCUUUCCACCCUGACAAACCUCCACCGCUGUUGGACCCUCGCUCCCCGCAGGCCCAGAAGUCUCCCCAGGACUCCCGCUCUCCGCUCGAGCGACCCGUAGAGCUGAACGCUGUGCCAGACCCCAGCUGGAACAACAGGAAAACUUAAAGUCUGCUAGUGUUGGUUAAAUAACUGAUCUGGGUGUUUUCUCCAAGGUCAAGGCCACAUGCUGCUGCUGAUGAACAAGUGUGGAGUCACCAAUCAUAAGCUCAGUUGGAAAGGGAAUCGACACGCACUCUCUUACCAGCAAAACCAAACUAUUUUGCUCUUUCCCCUAGAAUGACUGUGGCUGUGAACAUUUUGUGCCCUGAAGGAAGAAGUUUGUUUCCUCAUGUCAUCUUCACAUCGGAGAAAAAAACAAAACAAAUAACAAAUAAAACAAGCAUCUUUAUUUAAAUGAACUGACUUGAUCAGUCAGUCAUGGUAAGACUGAGUGGAUGCUUGGAACUACAAUCAUGUCUAUGGAUGCUUAGUCCCAUGGACUAUUAUUAAAGGAGAACUUAGGAAACAUGAACUGAUGAUUGAGCUCAAUCCUAAAAGUGCCUGUAGGUUUUGGCCUUUUUGAAUGGUAAGUGUAUGGGAUUAUUCCCAGAGGACCCCUGACACAGACAUUGUUUUUUGUUUUGUGUGUGUUUAGUCUCGCAAACGCUGUCGUUAGAAGAUUUCAAUACAAACGAAUGUGUAACGUGUUCUCAUCUGCACCUUUGAAAUGUUUAUCUUGAACAUGUAGCUGAACGGAACUGUGGAAGUAUCACCAUGUGGAUUAAAAUGGUGGCAUGAUGGGACAGUCUGGCUCUUUUGACAGAUCAGUCCAAGCCAGUAUGUUUCCUCUAAACACUCAACAUAAAGUUUAAAAAAUGUUUUAACAAUAUCAUGUUUCUCACGUGUACAAAUAAUCAUUAUUUCUUUAAUGGUGUAGCUAUAUAAAGCAUCGCAAUGCUCUUGCUCUGUUCACUGAGUAGGCCCUGUGAAAUGGAAGCUUUUGAUAAGCAGUAUUUAUUGCAACAACUCAUACAAAGGUUCAUAACACUAUGACUUAAAACAAUCUUUUAUUUUUGCCUUUAGGUAUUAAUGAUGGUUAGGAAUGGUACUUCAGUUUAGUUUCAUUAAUUCACCCAUCUUUUCAGCUAUGUAUGUUUAAAAGAAAAAAAAAAAGUUUGAUGAUACUAUGUGACAAAACCUUUUUUUCUUAUCCAUGGUUUGACAAUAUUAUUGAUUCACAGAGUUUUGCUGUUGCUGGUACAUUGUUGAACUGUCCGGAAGUCGCCAAUGACAUUUCAUUAUGUUUAGUACUGUUGAUCAUUGUUUUCCUGUGCCAAAUCUAGUCCAGCUCUAACCCUCUUUUUUUUUUUGUAUAAUGCUUUCCAUUUGUGCCUUAUUUAUGUCUAUUAAUAUAUUGUAUAUGGGUUUAUGGACAGUACUGUGGUGUAACACAGACAGGAUGUAUUAUUAAAUAGUAUUAAACAGUCACAUUAUAGGAAAUUACUCUUACUAAAUCAUAAUUUAGUAUGAUUUAAACAGGUGAAGGGACCAUGUGUUCUGGUAACUUAUAUGAUUCUGUGAUUUCUAAAGAAGUACAUGAUUUGAGGGUAAAAUUGGGGUGAAACAAUGUAAAGGAAUAGUGUGUUUUGUCCAGGGCACUUAUCCGGCCUGUUACAGUGAACAGCCAGCACAUUUUUUUUUUCUUUUCACGUUUAAACAAGCUACAGUUCCUGUAUCAUAUUUUCUUUAAGAAAGUCUAAAUAAUUUAUAUUUGUGACAAAACCACUCUUCAUGAGACAUGUGCUGUACAUACAUUUGGAAAUAUGUAAUAAACUUUG